CGUUUUGCAGCUAGCGGGCUCGCGCUCCGCUGAGUAGUCGACCCUCUGGAUGGCUCGCGCCGCCAGUGUACCAGGCCAGUCAUUAUGGGGGACUGGGACCCUGCCACGGGCUGGACUCCGACCGACCGGCCGUCACUGAGAGCUCGUCAAGGAGGUUGAUGCGCUAAUAAGAGAGUUAGCAUCGCCGCUAAUUACCCCGCGUCGUCAAUAAGCUGCUGAAGAGGAGGGGUUUUUUCAGCUAUCACAACCGGGUCCGGCGGCUUCACCAGAGAGAGGAGAGGCGCGAGGACGUCGGGGGAAGGGGGGACGGGGACGUGAACGACAGGUGUGAUCAGGCAGUCUUUCAAAGACAGGUGUGAUCAGUCUUUUAAAGCGCAUCCGAUUUGGAGAAGCGGCUUGGCCGCAUCCAUGGACGACCCGACGAUCGAUAUGACUGAGCUUCCCGGAAAAACAACACUCAAGUGGGAUCAGCCGAAAUAAAUCAGCCCGGCUCAUCCGUCUGCUCUUUUCUCCGCCGGGCGGCGAUGUCAGCUGCCCGUAAGAACCUGCACGCGACAGGCGGGGGUUCAGCACUGGUGGAGCUGGACAGCGACUGCAUGGAGCAGCCGGCGGUUGAUCAGGCCAACACGACCGCACAGGGAACCGUAGGAUUUCAGGGUCACUCGCUGCUACAGAACCGCUCUGGAGGCCUCGGAAUGGCGUUGGAGGAGGAACUAGCCAUGCUCACCGGGGAGCGGGACGACGAGGAGGAGUUACCUGACCCAGGAGCGCCCACGGUGGGCCACGAUACGGACUUGUUGUCGCUCCUCCGGCAAAAGGAGAAAGACUUGGUUUUAGCUGCAAAACUCGGCAAAGCACUGUUGGAGAGGAACCAAGACCUAACGAAGCAAUAUGAGAAGAUGAACAAAGAUCUUAACGAAAAACUAGAGCACCUGGAGCAGGAGAAGCACGAGCUGCGUCGGCGUCUGGAGCGGCGUGAGGGUGAGUGGGAGUGCCGCGUGGCCGAGCUGGAGACGGACGUCCAGCAGCUGGAGGUGGAGCUGGAGCGCCAGCGGCUGCAUCUGAGGGAGGCGGAGCGGGAGAGGAGCAGUACCGUCGGCCAGCUCUCGGAGCACAACCACCGGCUCCUGGAGCAACUUAGCAGGGUGAGGGCAGGGGGGGGGGUGCUGUCCACUCAGGUCCAUUCUUUACAGGAUGACUUCAGGGAGAAGAGUGUGUCAAGCAGUCAGCACAUGACCCGGCUGGAGAGUCUGCAGGUUGAGCAAGGGUCAGAAAUCACCCUGCUGUCGGAGAGGAAGAUGGAGCUGGAGCGGCGCGUGCACGCCGUGUUGGGGGACAACGAGCUGCUGCAGAACACCAUGGACCACCAGCGGGAGAGGACUCUGAUGCUGGAGAAGCAGUGUCACGAGAAGGACCAGCAGCUGCGUCAGAGUCAGCUGGAGCUGCGAGAGGUCAAGUCGUCCCACAGGCUGCUGAGUGCCCGGCUGGAGGAGCUGGUGGACGAGCGCAGCCUGCAGGGCCUCAGUCACCACCCCUCCAGCCUGCUGUGUGAGAUCGAGCAGAGCAUGGAGCAGGAGGAGCAGGAGCAGGAGAGAGAGCAGCUGCGUGUCCAGCUGUGGGAGGCCUACUGCGAGGUGCGCUCCCUCUGCUCCCACCUGAGGGGAAAUGACCUCACAGACUCUGCCCUCUCCACCGACUCCUCCAUGGACGAGUCGUCAGAGACCUCCUCCGCCAAGGACGUGCCCACGGGGAGCCUCCGCGCUGUCCUGCUGGAGCUCCGCCGGCUCACCCAGAACCUGCUGGACGGCAACGAGUCCACGGGCUCGAGGCGGAGCGACGAGGAGACUCUGGAGGAGCACGGGAGGAAGAUGGGGGAGGAGCUUAGGGAAAUCAGGGAUCUGUACGACGCCGAGAGAGACAAGACGAUGUGCGUCGAGGAGGAGCUCCUGCGACUACACAACCAGAUGGCGCUGCUCUCUUUGGAGAUGCGCUCCGUCCAGGAGGAGAGCGAGAGAACGAGGGCCAUGUCGGCGGUCCUGGAGCCCAGCGAGCAGCUGCUGAGUGCCAUACGGGACCGGGACGACGCCAUAGCCAAGAAGCAGGCUGUGGAGAUGGAACUGGCCAAGUGUAAGAUAGACAUCAUGUCUCUCAACAGCCAGCUGUUGGACGCCAUCCAGCAGAAGCUAAACCUAUCGCAGCAGCUGGAGGCUUGGCAGGACGACAUGCACAGAGUGAUCGACCAGCAGCUGAUGGACAAGCACCAGGACGAGUGGCGGGACGCUCCCAUCGCCGCCUCCAGGGUCCCGGGGUCCAGUGGCGCCGGCCGGUCGCCUUCCUCCUCCUCCUCUUCCUCCUCCUCCUCCUCCAGGAGAGUGCACCGUCGCUCAGAGGAAGACAAGAGGCUCUUCUCUUUCUUUAAGAAGAACUGAACGCUGUCGCCCGGUUCAGGGGGCGAGGGAGCAAGGGCCAAAUGAGAGAAGGAGAGGGAGAUAUAGUCGAGAGAGAGAGAGAGAGAGAGAGAGAGAGAGAGAGAGAGAGAGAGAGAGAGAGAGAGAGACAGAGACAGAGACAGAGACAGAGACAGAGAGACAGAGAGAGAGAGAGAGAGAGCGAGAGACAGAGACAGAGACAGAGACAGAGAGACAGAGAGAGAGAGAGAGAGACAGAGACAGAUAUCAGGGUGGCAUAUGUGGCCAAACACAGCCAAAGCAGGGCAGAGGUCAGACGCAGACAGAAGGGGAGGUCUGGGGAAGGGAAGGGGAGGGAGAGGGUGGUCACUUUUGCACUUUAUCUGUCCCAUUAUCCCUCUGCUCACAAAUGUUGUCUACCAAAUAACCAGAGACUUCUUUUUGCUUCUUUUUUAUAAACCAAGCAAAGACGUGUGCAACCGCCGCUCAUACUGAAACGCCAGUGGUUUUAGUGUGUCAAAGUGGACCUACAGAUUGGGAGAGGCGGGUCCCCAUGUAGUGCCUAUUCUACCAUCACUAGUACCCCACUGCCAACUCCAUGGUGAGGGACCACUGUGCACCAACUCUGAUUACUGUAUUCAUCCCAGUUGUCAAGCCAAGAAGUCUGAGGAGAGCUGUGCACGUUUAGUAUGUGCAUGGACAGAACACGGCGGGAUGUUGGUAAAAUAAAAUAACGUGAAAAAAGGUACUUAAUAAGAAUACUGUGGCUACUCACCAUACUUUGAAAUACUAAACAAUGGAAGAUUGUAUAAAUUGGGGGGAUACAGCGACAUCACAAAAAACAAGUGUCUAAUUGGAGUCCGACUGUGAAUUCGGCCAUUGUCUGUAAAGAACAUAGCCAGCUACUACAGCAGUCCACUCUCAGGUUUAUUCACUUGCCCAGAGGCUUGGUCACCAUGAGGCCUUGGUUCUGGUGUGGGGAGCUUUAACUCCCCUCUUUCCUGCUGUCUUGUUAGUUCAGUGUUUACUGUUGAUCAAGCGGUGUGUCAGACUGACAGGGGUAAAACUCAGAGACGCAAAGACUAUGAAGUGACUGAGAAAGAUUGGUUUCACACUUUUGUUGUUAGAAUGCCCCAAAUGAGGUUGGAUGUUUUACGGGCACAUGGCUUAUAAAUCCUACCUAACACUAUGAUAAUAGAUAUUUUGGAAUACGAAAUACCCAAAGAAGUGUUUAAUUCAUGACCAAACAACUUUGAUUUAGCACUUUUGCCCAUUGAAUUUAAUCGCAAGAACAAUGACAUUUAAUUGUAUAAAUCCAGCCUAUAUGACCUGUGGUUCCUCUCAGGUCUGUGGUAAACUGGGGGUCAUGCACGUCUCUGACAGAUGAAUAAACCUUUGGGUAGUGGAGUUAGUUACGGUCCAAUUAUAAUGUUUGUUGUUUCAAACCUGCACUUCGUAACGGAUGCAUCGGAUGCAUUGCUUUGCUGCACUUGGCUUUAGAAAAAGUGGGAACACUUCCUCUUCACAGCCAACAGCCACAUGCUCUGCAAUGAUGCUUUUUGACCUCCAUUAAGAGAGAAAACAUGCCUGGGCUUAUUGAGAGCGACAUACAUUUAAAUGAAAGGGAUGUCUGCAGUGAAAGGUUAAGUAGUGUAGGUUUGAAGGUUAAAUAGUGCAGGUUUGAUUGUUGAACAUUUCCUGUACUGUAUGUCUGUAAUUGUCCUGAGGACAUUUCAAAUUGGGAUAAAUAAGCACGUGAAUAAUUCUUGAGCGUGCGCUUUCAAAUUAAAAGUCUUGGGUGACAGAACACUCAGAGACAAUCCCAACUCCACAUUGUGUUAAUGGCAGUUCUGCUGUUUGGAACACAUUCACACAAUCUAUACUCUACAGCCAUCUCCAAUUUGACAUGAUAACAAAAAGAGAAAAAUCUACCUCCAAUCUCACUGCUUUCUCAUUGCCUGUGUGCACUUUCAUUUUUGCUGGGCUUCCCUGUUUGGGUCAACACAUCUGUAAAGCCCCUGUGGUGGUACUGUAGAUGUCUGACUGACCGAAUGCACCCUCAACUCCUUCGGGAGAUCCCCAAGUGUCUAUGUGUUGUGAUGGCUUUCAUGUCCAGAUCACCUGUGUGAUACCUAUGCAGAUGUCUUCUCGUCAUCUCAGCUGGUUGUUGGGAAGGAUCAACCCAAAGAGAGAUUUUUUUUAAAGAAAUAAUAUGUAUAUAGUUCAGUAGGUUUGGACGAGAUCAAUAUAUUUAUAAAAAUGCAUAACUUUUCAAUGAGGAUUGACUUUUUUUUAUACAUGUGUACAUUGUUAGCGGUUUCUGUUCAUUUGUCAUGUGUUACGAAUGUGUCAUGUCAAGUUGUGUGACUUUAAGAGGGUUUUGCUGGGUUCUAGGCUUUCUGAACCCAUGGUGGCCCAGGGCAGCACUGGCAAACUAUGAAGAAGCACUUGAAUGUUUUACCCACACAAUCAAUGAUUCCCCAGAACGUGCUUCAGAUGAUGGAUUCUGCCAAACUCUGGACGGGUGCCUGGUUAAGGUGGUCUCUGGUGGGGUGUCUUAGUCCAGUCAUUCACCCCAGACUCAGCUCAGGAUGCUUCUUCCAGUUCCUGCUGAUCUUGCAUGAGUCCUGUGUGGGCACAAAAAAGUAAAAUAAUAAAGAGUUUAAAAAUGAAACAACAAUCUGAUGACAAUCUCCAGAUUCCUGUAACAGGGACCAUAACUGAGAAUGCCAUGUGCUGCUCUUUCCACAAUGCCAAUGUGAUUUGUAUUUAUUAUUUAUUUUUCUUGAUUUGUCUUAGAAAAACCUCUCCUUCCUCUUGUUCACAAUGUCCUGUUUGGUUAAUCUUCCAACAUGUGUUCCAAUAAGAUUGUAGUUUCAUACUUUAAUUUGACAAACAUUGAUGGUUUCUUUUA